UGAAAUCAGUUUGUCGUGAGACACUGGUGCGAGUGGGCCGUUUUAAGUGAAAAGUGUGACUGGCUUAUGUUUAAAAAACAAAAAGUUUUACUCUUAAAAUAAAUUAUUUUCUAUAUUUGGCAUCAGUAUAAAAAUACACCCGCACUUCACGCUCCACAUAUACGCUCAGGGAAAGAGAACAUCAGUCAAAAGUUACGUCAAACUUUCGUAUCGCCAAAUAAAAGAAGUUCAAAAUGUUGUUCGGAGUAGCCCAAUCGGCUUUUAAGAGUUUGCGCCAGACUACUCCCCGAGUUCGUGUCUAUUUGUACAACAAAAAUGCCUACUCCACACAGAUCGAAUACAAGCCGAUUCGCUCCGUAUUGGUGGCGAAUCGAGGUGAAAUCGCUAUUCGAGUUUUCCGUGCCUGUACAGAAUUAGGCAUCAAGUCUGUAGCUAUAUAUUCCGAACAGGAUAAGAUGCAUAUGCAUCGCCAAAAAGCUGACGAAUCAUAUUUGGUAGGCAAAGGGUUGCCACCUGUGGAGGCUUACUUAAACAUUCCAGAAAUCAUUCGUGUUUGCAAAGAGAACGACGUUGAUGCUGUGCAUCCUGGUUAUGGUUUCCUUUCUGAACGCAGUGAUUUCGCCCAAGCCGUUAUUGAUGCUGGUCUUCGAUUCAUUGGACCCGCACCGAAAGUUGUGCAACAGAUGGGUGAUAAAGUAGCAGCCCGUAUUGCAGCCAUUGAGGCUGGUGUCCCCAUUGUACCUGGCACAGACGGACCCGUGACUACCAAGGCGGAAGCUGUCGAAUUCUGUAAGAAACACGGCUUACCUGUUAUUUUCAAAGCAGCCUAUGGUGGUGGUGGCCGUGGUAUGCGUGUGGUACGCAAAAUGGAUGAAGUAGAAGAAAUGUUUGAAAGAGCAAGUUCUGAAGCCAAGGCUGCUUUUGGCAAUGGUGCUAUGUUUAUCGAAAAGUUCAUUGAACGUCCCCGCCACAUUGAAGUCCAAUUAUUGGGAGACAAGGCCGGAAAUGUGGUUCACUUGUAUGAACGUGAUUGUUCGGUCCAACGUCGUCAUCAGAAGGUGGUUGAAAUUGCUCCCGCCCCUCGUUUGCCCAAGGAGGUGCGUGACCAGAUGACCACUGCCGCUGUUCGCUUGGCUAAACAUGUUGGUUACGAAAACGCCGGUACCGUCGAAUUUCUGUGCGAUGAGAGUGGCAACUUUUACUUUAUUGAAGUGAAUGCUCGAUUGCAAGUCGAGCACACAGUGACUGAAGAAAUUACUGGUAUCGAUUUGGUACAGUCCCAAAUUAGAGUGGCAGAGGGCAUGACACUGCCCGAACUUGGUUAUACCCAAGACAAGAUCAAGUCACGCGGAUAUGCCAUACAGUGUCGUGUUACAACUGAAGAUCCUGCCAAUGACUUCCAGCCCAGCACUGGUCGCCUCGAAGUCUUUCGCUCUGGCGAAGGUAUGGGCAUUCGUUUGGACAGUGCUUCUGCAUUUGCCGGUGCUAUUAUCUCCCCCUACUACGACUCGUUGCUAGUCAAAAUUAUCUCUCACGCCAGUGACCUACAAAGCUCUGCCUCAAAGAUGAACCGUGCUCUUAGGGAAUUCCGUAUUCGUGGUGUCAAAACGAAUAUUCCAUUCUUGCUGAACGUACUUGAAAAUCAGAAAUUCCUCCAUGGUGUCCUGGACACAUACUUCAUCGAUGAGCAUCCUCAGUUGUUUAAAUUCCGUGUGUCCCAAAAUCGUGCUCAAAAAUUGUUGAAUUAUUUGGGUGAGGUCCUAGUGAACGGACCACAAACGCCACUAGCAACUAGCUUGAAACCUGCCGAAGUUAAGCCUAACAUACCCACCGUACCUUUGGACUUGUCCCCCGAGGCCAUUGAGCGUGAAACACGUGGUGAAGCUAAAGUUACCGAACCUCCAAAAGGUUUACGCCACAUAUUAACGACGCAAGGACCUGCAGCCUUUGCUAAAGAAGUGCGCUCCCGGAAGAAUCUCCUGCUGAUGGACACCACAUUCAGAGAUGCUCAUCAGUCUUUGUUGGCUACUCGAGUGCGUUCCCACGAUCUUUUGAAUAUUUCUCCAUUUGUUGCCAACAAAUUCAACAAUUUGUAUGCAUUGGAAAAUUGGGGCGGUGCUACAUUUGACGUCGCCUUGCGCUUUUUGCAUGAAUGCCCGUGGGAGCGGUUGGAGGAUAUGCGCAAAAGAAUACCCAAUAUUCCAUUCCAAAUGCUGUUGAGAGGUGCUAAUGCUGUUGGUUACACCAAUUAUCCCGACAAUGUUGUUUACAAAUUCUGUGAAUUGGCAGUACAAACUGGUAUGGAUAUCUUCCGUGUUUUCGAUUCCUUGAACUACUUGCCUAAUCUUAUUUUGGGCAUGGAAGCUGCCGGUAAAGCUGGUGGUGUUGUUGAGGCGGCAAUUUCCUAUACAGGUGAUGUGAGUGACCCAUCUCGCACUAAAUACGAUCUUAAGUACUACACAAAUUUGGCGGACGAACUGGUUAAGGCUGGAACUCAUGUUCUCAGUAUCAAGGAUAUGGCGGGUCUUUUGAAACCUCAAGCUGCCAGAUUGCUGAUAAGUGCCAUUCGCGACAGACAUCCUGAUGUACCAAUACAUAUCCAUACUCACGACACCUCAGGAGCUGGCGUUGCCUCCAUGUUGGCAUGCGCUGAAGCCGGUGCCGAUGUCGUCGAUGUAGCUGUGGAUUCUAUGUCCGGCAUGACUUCCCAGCCCUCAAUGGGAGCUAUUGUUGCCUCUUUGCAAGAUACGCCAUUGGAUACAAAAUUCCAAUUAAGUGAUAUAUCUGAAUAUUCUGCCUAUUGGGAGCAAACUCGUACGCUCUAUGCUCCAUUCGAAUGUACCACAACCAUGAAGUCGGGCAACGCUGAUGUGUACAUGAACGAAAUUCCUGGAGGGCAAUACACCAAUUUGCAAUUCCAGGCUUUCUCUUUGGGCUUGGGAGAUUUCUUCGAGGACGUGAAGAAGGCUUACAGAGAAGCCAACUUGUUGUUGGGUGAUAUUAUAAAGGUCACACCCUCAUCUAAAGUUGUGGGAGAUUUGGCCCAAUUUAUGGUUCAAAAUAAACUGACUGCCAAUGAGGUGCUGGACAAAGCUGAAGAGCUAUCAUUCCCCAAGUCGGUUGUUGAAUUCUUGCAAGGCUCCAUUGGCAUACCCCAUGGUGGUUUCCCCGAGCCUUUGCGCUCUCGAGUUUUGAAGGAUAUGCCACGCAUUGAAGGACGUCCUGGAGAAAACCUGCCACCCCUGGACUUUGAUAAACUGAAGAAGGAACUGAAAGAAUCACAUCCCCAUGUUUCCGAACGUGACGUCAUGUCUGCCGCUUUAUAUCCAGCUGUUACCGAAGACUACCUGCAUUUCCGAGAAGCAUACGGGCCUGUGGAUAAACUAGAUACGCGCAUUUUCCUUACAGGUCCCAAAGUGGGCGAGGAAUUCGAAGUUAAUCUAGAAAAGGGCAAGACACUUAGUUUGAAGACAUUGGCCAUGGCCGAAGACUUGACACCCAAUGGUGAGCGCGAAGUAUUUUUUGAAAUGAAUGGCCAAUUGCGUUCUGUAUUGAUCCGUGACAAGGAAGCUGUUAAGGAAUUGCAUAUUCAUCCUAAAGCUUCCAAGAGCAAUAAGAAUGAAGUGGGCGCCCCUAUGCCCGGUACUGUAAUUGAUAUUCGUGUCAAGGAAGGCGAUAAAGUCGAAAAGGGUCAACCAUUGGUCGUUUUGUCUGCUAUGAAAAUGGAAAUGGUCGUACAAGCCCCCAAAGCCGGCGUUGUUAAAAAAUUGGAAAUUAGCAACGGCAUGAAACUGGAGGGUGAUGAUUUGCUCAUGACCGUAGAGUAAACUGCCAUCAUAUACUUUUAUACACUCACAAUUGCACACAAUAAGAUCAAUGGAUUUACUUUUUAUAUACCUUUGUGACCAACAUGCCAAGUUAGACUUCUUCAUUGAUUAAUGCUAUAGAUCUUAGAAAGACCAAUCACACGACCACAGAUUCAGAACAUAAAAAAGCGAAGUGACAAGACAUCAAUUUCAAUAUUGUAUAGAUAAAUAAUUAUAUUUAAGCCGAAAACGAUAUACAUGUGUACCACUACCUUGCUAUUCGUAAAGACAUAUAUAAACGACUUUUUGCUGUGUUACUUUAUAAUUAUUAUAUAUUUUACGUUGUGUGUGGUUAUCGCACCAUCCACUCCUCCCCUUCCUUGUCUCUUAGCGGAAAGCGCACAAAACAGUUUGUAAGUUUGUAAUUAUAUUAAUUAUUUUAAUGAUUUGUUUCUUUUAUAUAAAAGUAAAUUGUUUUAAUUUGUUCCAACUAUUAUUAAGUAUUGUAGGCGACACUAUGGUGUAUUCUUAGGAUCUUCUUUAUUUCUCUUUUGUUAUUUUUUACAAACUCCAUUUUACCUAUCUGCUAUUGUUCGUUUGUUUUCUUCAAAAUACCAUGUUUUCUUUUUGCGAAAAUUUUAAUAAAAUCAACCGUUACGACUUUGGACUAAAAUUUAUAACAAAGUAA